AUGGCUAGAGGACGACGUAAUCUCUGUUUACCUACAAGUGAUAUAGACAAGCUACCCCCUUACAAUUGUCAGGCGCUGGGCCCGGAGGUACCUCUGCCAGUCUUGGCGAGCUACCAUGGGGCUAGUCAGCCCGGACUAUAUAAAGGUGUCAAUACACCUGCUAUCCUCUUCAACCCUAUCCUCCCUCGUGAUCGCCUUGUACACUCUUUACAACAAUAUGUGAGGUCGCUGUAG